AUCACCGACGACACCUACAACACCGACAAUACCGACAAUAUACUUGCUACAAGAUGUUUGGUUACAUUAUGUAUGGAGCCAUAAGGUUUCCUCUUUAUUACGAAAUGAAGAUGUUAUUCGUGCUGUGGUUGAUCCUCCCGCAAACACAACCACAAUUCUCUAUGAUUCUUUUGUUGUUCCAACCUUAACACGUCAUGAGAAAGAUAUCGACAAAGCAUUAGGAGUGGCACAAGAACAAGCAACAAAUAAGGGGAUAGAAUUAAGCAAAGAAGGAAUAGCUAAGUUGUACCAAAUAGCUGCUGAGGGUCUUCUAAAGACUGGCUUAUAUACGCCUGAGACAUCUACUAGUCAAGCUCCACUCAAUUCUAAGGAAAAAAAUCAAGAGAGUA